AUGGAGAUGAUCCAGAGCUUCAUCCUGGAAGCUAUCGUGGAAGAACAGGAGGGUCCCAACUCUCCAAGAUUCUACGGUAUCAACAGGAGACAAGGGGUUCUAAUCUUUACCUGCGAAAACACUGAAACAGCUGAAUGGCUUAAAGGAAAGCAAGACUCCCUCAAGCCUUGGGAAGAGGCCAGUCUAAGGAUAGUACCAGAGGAAGAAAUCCCUCGCGCGAGAAUUGCGACUGUCUAUCUUCCUGAUAGUACACACGAUACUACCGACAAGAUAAUGAAGCUCCUAAAAGGACAAAACAAAGAGCUAUCUGUCGGAGAAUGGAACGUUCUGCGUAGAAGCGACGAGGGGAAGUCCGUUCUACUCACCCUGGCAGUCGAUUGCACUACAGCGAACAAGCUUGAGAAGGAAGGUCCAUGGGUCGGCUACAAGUUUGGAAAAGUUCAGCUUGGACUGAAAAAGAAACACCAAGGAAACACAGAACAACCCACAAGGGAAGAGGGGACUUCAGAGAAAUCUGAGACGGUCACCACAGAAAAAAGCACCACUGAAGAAAUGGAAGUGGAGGAGGCCACGAAGGUGUCAGAGCAAUCUGUACAUACCUUACCUGAAAGGUCUACUCCACAAGCGGUCGAAGUUCAUAAACCAACCUGUUCUCUCUUCUUGAAGAGGGGACCUUCUCUCAAAGGACCAUCCGUCUCGGCUCGAGGAAGAAAAGGGGACAAAGUCUCCAAGCAAUCCAAAAGAAGAGACGGCGAUGGACCACCUGGGGGAGGUGGGAAAAAGGCGUAA